AUGGCCUCACUUAGUGAAGACCUGCUUAUAACUGUGAACAAAUUACAGGACCUGGUCUUCAACACAAUUGGAAAUGAUUCUCUUGAUUUACCACAAAUUGUCGUUGUAGGGUCACAGUCUUCCGGGAAAUCUUCUGUGCUGGAAAACAUUGUGGGGAGAGAUUUUUUGCCCAGAGGAAGUGGUAUAGUCACUAGACGACCAUUGAUCCUACAGCUCAUAAACAUCCCCAGUGAACGUGAUGAUAGGCCCAGAGAUGACGCAGUCCAUGUACCACACACAGCCGCCAGUGUAGCCGGCCAACAUGAAUGGGCUGAAUUCCAUCACCUGCCUGGGCGCAAGUUCGAUGAUUUUGCCAUGGUGAAACAGGAGAUUGAAGCGGAAACAGCUCGAAUCGCUGGUAACAACAAAGGAAUCAAUAGGCAACCUAUCAAUCUCAAGAUUUUCUCCCCUCAUGUUCUCAACCUCACCAUGGUCGAUCUACCCGGGUUAACGAAAGUACCAAUCGGAGAUCAGCCAUCCGACAUCGAGAAGCAAACUCGGACUUUGAUCCUGGAAUACAUAGCGAAGCCGAACAGUAUCAUCCUAGCUGUCUCACCCGCCAAUGUCGACCUUGUAAACUCCGAGGCAUUAAAACUUGCACGGCAAGUAGAUCCUAUGGGCCGGAGAACAAUCGGAGUCUUGACGAAAUUGGACCUAAUGGAUCAUGGCACCAACGCGAUGGACAUUCUCUCCGGCCGAGUCUAUCCGUUGAAACUUGGCUUUAUUGGUGUCGUCAAUCGAUCUCAGCAAGACAUACAGUCUGGGAAAUCAUUAUCUGAGGCUUUGCAGGCCGAAGUCGAGUUCUUCAGACACCAUCCGGCGUAUCGAAAUAUGGCAAAUAGAUGCGGAACACAGUUUCUCGCGAAGACCUUGAACUCCACAUUGAUGGCACAUAUACGAGAUCGCUUGCCCGAUAUCAAAGCCCGCCUCAAUACAUUGAUGGGCCAGACGCAACAAGAACUUGCCAGCUAUGGAAAUAAGCAGUUCAGUGGAAAAGAACACCGUGGAUCCCUGAUACUGCAGCUCAUGACGCGCUUUGCCUCUUCAUUCAUUUCCUCAAUUGACGGUACCUCAUCCGAAAUCUCUACCAAGGAGCUGUGCGGAGGAGCCAGAAUAUACUAUAUAUUCAACUCCGUAUUUGGUAAUUCCCUGGAAACCAUCGACCCAACACAUAAUUUAUCGGUGUCCGACAUCAGAACAGCCAUCAGAAAUUCCACAGGCCCUCGACCGAGCUUAUUUGUUCCUGAGCUCGCCUUUGAUUUACUUGUGAAGCCCCAGAUAAAAAUGCUGGAAGCUCCCAGUCAGCGGUGUGUUGAGCUUGUCUACGAAGAACUCAUAAAAAUUUGUCAUACCUGCGGUUCACAAGAGCUCUUGCGAUUUCCCCGUCUUCAAGCGAAACUCAUCGAAGUAGUAUCUGAUCUACUCCGGGAGCGCCUGGGCCCCUGUUCCGCUUACGUGGAAUCGUUGAUAUCCAUCCAAAGAGCGUAUAUUAAUACCAAUCACCCGAACUUCCUCGGUGCGGCAGCUGCAAUGUCCUCUGUCAUUCAGAACAAACAGGAACAGGAAAGAAAAAUGGUUUUGGCUGAAGACCGAAAAAAGCGGGAAAGAAGACGUCAAAAGGAGCUGGGCGGUCUCAAUGGCGCCGCGCCGCUUUCUCCAGAAGACGAGGAGGACCAUCAGCCAGAGUCAAAGGCACAGAGUCUCCAUAGUAGAGGCCAACCCGCAAAGGGCACCAGAAGCAUGUCUCCACACAUUAGCAAAAGCCAAGAGAGUGCGAUUACAGCGACCUUGAAUGGAACGAAUCCCACUUCAAGUGCCAUGUUUGGGGCGACGAACACAACUCGGGACUCGUUUCUUAACUAUUUCUUUGGUAAGGAUGGGGUACAGAGCUCGACCCCGUUGCCCCAACCUUUAAACCAACAAAGACAACUCAAUCAUGUGAACGAACCAAGCAUCAGCCAAAGCAUCAGACGGACAGAAAUACGCUCACCAAUUGGUCCCUCUGAUGACUAUACGACUCCCUCCGAAUACGGUGGCGACAUACCUCAAAAUCAGUUGGAAAAUACGGAGCCUUCCCUGUCUGACCGUGAGCUCAUGGAAACAGAGUUGAUUCGUCGAUUGAUUUCGUCGUAUUUCAACAUUGUUCGGGAAACUAUUGCAGAUCAAGUUCCAAAAGCUAUUAUGCACCUCCUGGUCAACCACAGCAAGGAUGUUGUGCAGAAUAGACUCGUUAGUGAGCUCUAUAAGGAAGAUCUCUUUGGGGAGCUUCUCUAUGAGGACGACGGCAUCAAAGCGGAGAGAGAAAAAUGCGAAAGGCUUUUGGAUACCUACAAGGAAGCAGCGAGGAUUGUAGGUGAAGUGCUUUGA